AUGCGACGAGCGCCAGGUUGUAACGCUCUGCAUGCUAAAUGGGUGCAUAAAACGAAGGUAACUGUCAAUGCUAUUCUGGAGCGGCUCAAGGCGCAACUCGGGGCCUGUGGAAAUUAUCAAGUGCUCGGAGUCGACUACGGACUCACGUUCGCAGCAGUGAUGGACUCCUCGACCGUAAAGUUUUUCCUCGCGCUUGCUGAUACGUGGGGGGUGCCUGCCAAUCAUGGCGACAUUCCCAACGCAUACGUCAAGGCGGACAAAGAGGCGCACUUGCGGAUCUACGUACAGCUGCCGCUCGGCAUUUGUGUGUCUAGUGCGACGCUACGAAAACACUGCAAGCUUGAAAGAGCUCGUGCCUGA